GAAGAGUGAUUCUUUAACGUUAAUGUUGUACUCUCUGUGUGCAUAUCAUUUUCUCCUAGCUACAAGCAUGCCAUCUCCUAGCUCAUUGUACACAAGCAGUGACAACAUAAUUACCUAUCCCCAGUUGUUCAUAGUUGUUCAGGAAGAAGAAUUAUCUAAUAAUCCUGACUUCACGGAGCUCAUAUUUCAUGUCCGGUAACAAAUGAAUCGUUCGUAGACAAAAUGGUGUUGUCUCCGGCGCUCCAGGUGUCGGACUCGCAACUGAAGCAGUACGUUUCGCAUGUUGGUUCUGGCACCCAACUACCGACGCAGCUGCCCAGCUUGCUGAAGAAAACACACAAUUUAAGCAGGGUUUUUUUUACCAGGGUUCUAGUUCAAAAGCAAUUUUACUAGAACGCAUAACCAGGGAGGAUGUGGUGUCGUAAAAUAUGAUUUUUCGUUAAGGAAUGCGUGAUCUCUUGCAUGGUAAGAGAGAAUUUUGCUCUCUAUGUGACGAAUCGCAGGAACGUGCAACCUACAACUAGAAGUACUAGUUCACAUCCUCUUCUAAACAACGACUCGUUUCUGCGUAGCAAGGAAGGCAAAUAUGCCACGCGGCAGUCAAAAAAAAUCCGCUACGGAGGAAUCUCUGUCAACCAGUUGGAUAGGUGGAUUUCCUUAUUUCACAUCGUUCGAUGCAUACGAGGGCGAUAAUAACGUUAACAUUGAGGGAGAGCGAUGAUGCUAAGCUUAGUUUAUUUAAGGAACAAGCUGUAAUGGUAAUCUUCUGGUCAUCCUUAUCAAGUCUAACUCUCAUUUUCCACCACCUCCACAAAACUUUCAGGUCAAUGCCUGUCCCAGAUCCGGAAGGAAGACGCUUUGUUGGUGCGAAAACCCGGGAUAUAGAUGUCAACGUCUAUUUUCCCUAUAGCGGUGACAAUGUGAAAAUGAAAUUGGACCCUGAUCUAGCAGUCUCCGCACCAAGAACACCGGAUGCAUCACAUUUAUGAUGAAUAAACAUAAAGCGAUAGCACUAUAUCAAGUUGCAAAUAUGGUAAAGACUUGGGAUUAGAAGCUGAUUGCCAUGAUACAAGCUGAAGCUGUUGGUAAUGAAGAAUAGUAGACGAGCGUGCCUUGAUUAUUCAUCAACACAGUAACUAGCAGAUCCUCGCUACGACCCUUUUCAUCGUGCGAUAGGUUCAAAGCGUAUUGGGGAAAAGAUGCGGAUGCAAGAGGCUACGCUGCCGGACCACAACACGGCUCCGAGCCAACGCUACCACCAGCGAACCUCAAGGGCAAACUUAGUGCACUCACAGGGUACUGCAUCGUUUUCUUUGAAUACAUAUGAGUUCUACUUAGUCAGAAUUAUGUCAGCGGCCGGCCCAAAAUAUUUCAGGAUGUAGCUGUUCAGGUUUUGAGUGAGAACCUAGAUGUCGUUCAAAAAAUUACCACAGGGUGAACCGGCGAGAUAUCAAGCUGCUACACAUGCAAUCCAAGACUUUUUGCCGUGGCCCGAUGCCACUGAAUAUGUUUGGCAUACAGCAUGGGCAACAGGUGGAUUUCAUUGCGCAGAAAGUGAAUAGGAACACUUCAUUAGGCGAGGACGCAUCAAAGUUGACACAGAAGGAGAGAAUACAGCGGAACAAGUUCCUGCCAUCUCUAUCUAGUAGUGUGAAGAAACCGGCGAGCGAGCGAGACCCAGAAAGCAUUGGCGCCGUUCCGCCGUUUGAACCCCAUGACACACUAGUGCGCAAUGCGCGAAAGAAAAUCUGUGCAGACCCGCACCACAUCAUGCCGAAGUGGAGCAUAAAGGGCAAAGGUGAUUGAUUAAUUUUCCAGAUUAUAAUCACGUUAAGAGAGAUUCACAUGUUUCAACGUGCUCGUUAGCUCUGCUCAUCAAAUCAAAUGUCUGUGAAACCAUUAUGAGAUCAAGGAAAUCGAUACUGAAAAAGUUAUGCCCACUGGCCCUCUAUCCACAACGCUCUUGCAGGUCUAGGCGACACACAUACGCUCAAUAUGAGAAAUGCGGGAUAUGCUUCUGCGCAAAUCUACUAUUACGACUAUGGGCCCCAGCGCGCUCGCGGUUGUCGACCAGACGCAGUGGCGAAAAUACGAGAAACUUUCGAGAAGAAACGCGAUUUCAUGACCAGGCAGCAAGCGAGUCUAUCCUCACCUCAAAAGCUCGCUUCGACCGUGCGUACUACAGAAUCUACACUACGACCAGAUUGUACUUGAAGAAAUGGACAAGGGAGCACUUUGUUUUGCGAAGUGAAGUUCAUGAUGCUUGGAGAUAGAGAUGAUAAUUGUUGCCUUCUUUGUUGUAGCCUAUCAUCAAAGUACUUACAAUACAGGUGUCCUGAUGGGAAAGCCGCUAGGAUCGCGCGAGGUCUUCCGUGCCUGGAAGGACGCACAUGUAGAGCGAAUGAAUGAUAAGUCCGAGUUUCUACGCGCCGCCGGUGGAGGACUAGACGUGAGAAAGGCCGCUAAAGAUGCCAGGGAGCGAAGAAAAUUCGCUUUGGGGCAACAUAGCGCAACAGGAAAGCUGCCAGACAUAAACAUGACGAACCGUCUCUGGUAGAUCGGUAGGCCUUGGCCUUUCCGUCUUUUAGGAGAAACGCUUUUGAUUUCUUUGUGAUAAUGUGUGGCGCAGUAGCUGUACUUCUAGGCUUGCUGUCGAGUAGUAUCGUCAGGCACCUGUGCAGGAAAAUUAUUUGUACGACGGAAGCGCCGCUCGAGGUCUAAGAUUUCAUUGAUGUUUUCCACUGUGUUGGCUAUCGUCAUCAAUAAUGCUGCUAUGACAUGCAUAGGGGGCCGAUGGCGCAAUGAGCUGGUGGCAUGUACAGUAAAUAGAGAAAGGUGCUCGUAGUCAUACACGACAUGCUUAGCGAACGUCAUACAAAUUCUCUUUUGGAGCUCCCUACUUAGCAUGAUAGUUUACAGCAUAUUUAUGAUACAUUUACCACAUCCUAUUGUAAUAUACUUUUGGGUUCUGCAAAUAACAUGAGCUGCAGCUAAAACUUACAACUUACAACUAAACCGAAUCAUCAACAAUGAAUUACUCAUCCAAAAAUUCUGACACUAUCAUCAACGACCGACUUUCUUAUCGACUUCACUAUUGCAAAUAUCUUACUCACACAAGUUAGUAGCUUAAGAAUCCGCUUUUUCUGACCUUCUGACUUAUUCAAAAUGGGAAAUGCAAAAAGACAUAAUCCAUUAUCUCAAAUUAUCUACAUUUAUCUCGCUUGGAAAUCACAACAGAGAUAAUCGGAUUAUCUAUGCCUAUCUUCGUCGACGAAAAGAAACAGUGUAGUUUUAUGUAUCGAUCAGCAAAAGCAGAGUAACUAGUGGACUUUUAUGUACAAUAUGACUAGUUGAGAUAAUGUACUCUAUCCAUCGCUUAUUGAAACAGUUAAUGGAGCUCGUAACCAUAUUUAUCUACUUGUAUAGAAAUUUUUUGGAUCUUCAUGAUAAUGUAGUGAAGUCAGUCUCGUGCUUGCUGUUACGGUUUUCUCUGGUGCUUGAAGGAAAGGAUGAAUUGGAAGAUGGUUUCAUUCAUCUUUGUCACACACACGAGCUGAGGAACGAACGAGAUGUCAUUCUUCUCGUGUCAUAUGCAAGAGUGCUUUAUUUCAGGGCGCCCUAAGGAUAUUGGAGAAUCAAUUAGCUGUGGAUAGAACACUUGUGCAACCGGUACCAAAAGCACGUGCGCUGACUAAAAAUGGCUACGGACAGAUAUGACGAAGCGCGGUUGGUUUCAAAU